AUGCGUACCGCCUUCUCCACUAUCGCAGCUGCAUCUCUUGCCGCUCUGGCAGGUGCCCAAAACACCACCAUUGACGUGGACGCAAUCUCUGUUGCUGUCCCCACCUCCGUCUUUGUUCUUCCCGUCGUCUAUGUCACUGCUGAGGGUGCCCCCACCCUGACUGCCACUACUUUGGCCAGCACCGCUACCCCAAGCAGCGACCCCAGCGCCACUGCCGUCUUCGACUCUUCUGCAGAUGUCACGUCCGCUAUCUCCGUAGCCUCUGAGAUCGCCGCUGCCACUGCCACUCCUGCUGCAGUCAAGCGCGACGGCUCUUGUGUUCAGCAGCCUCUCGUCAACAUCGGCCACGUUACUGUUCCCGAUACCGCUGCCGCUUUUGCCGGUGAUCUUUGGUACGGUGUUCAGGCUCUGGCCGCUAUUCUUCCUGCCGGAUAUGUUCAGACCUUCAGCAACCUGACUGCUUCCAACUCCGCUGACCAGUACGUCGGUUUCACUCUCAUGAACUCGUACGAUGUCGCUGGAUGCGGACAGAAGUGCACUGCCAUGGAUGGUUGCAACAGCUUCAACAUUUACUAUGAGAGAGAUCCUCAGUACGAUCCCUCGGUAGCUGGCUGCGCAAACCCUCCCUCGACCGUGAACGUCAAGUGCGUGUUCUGGGGAGGUGCAGUCACUGCCGACAACGCCAACAACUUUGGCCAAAUGCGCGAUGGUUUCAACGUCGUUGUUGCCGGUUCGAACGGAUACAUCGCCGGAUCCUACGCUGCCAAGCUUCUUGCAAAGGCCACUGCCACUUCCAGCUCACCUGCAGCUGCUUCGGCCACUGACGUUGCUGGAAACAUCUACACCCUCUACUACAGCUCCGAUUCGACUCAAGGCUCUUACUCCAACGCUCAAGCAAGCAACUCCUACGCCGACUGCAUGACUGCUUGUGAUGCCGAUAGCCAGUGCAAUGCUUUCACCUAUGUCGGUGGUGCCAACGGUGUUGGUUCAGGCACUUGCUGGCUCAAGUCGCAACUCGGCAACCCUUCCAGCUCUGGAAACAACGUCCUGUCUGGUGUCCGUUCUGGCAAGGCUGUCUCUUCGUCUUCUAGCAGUGUUGUCUCGACCACCUCCUCUUCCAGCUCGUCGUCCUCAGUUUUGAAGACUUCCAGCAGUGCCUCGGUAACAUCGUCGUCGUCUUCCAGCAGCUCUGUUGUCUCGACUACCAUGUCUUCUUCCUCGUCCAGCACAGUCGCCUCAAGCACCAAGACUUCAUCCUCAUCCAGCUCUUCGGCCACUACCAUGAGCACCAUCACCAAGUCUGCAUCAUCCUCGACCAGCAGCAGCGCAAGCAGCACCAGCGCCAGCAAGACGUCUAGCACCACUGCAGCAGCCACUACAAGUGCAGCAUCCUCUUCUUCCCAGCAGUCUUGCUCAUUCUGGAACCCUUUCUGUUGGUUCUAA